UUUCUAUCUGAAAGCAAUGCACGUAGCCUCUCUCGUCCAUCUCCUUAAAUUCAACAAGUAUUUAAUCUCUUCCUUUAAAUAUAAACUCUCAAGUUCAUCAAACUGUUUCCAUAAGAACUAGUUUUUCUUUUCUUCAGAUCCAAUUUUAUAAAGCAAACCUGAGAUUUUUAUUAAUAUAAUAUAUAUAUUGAAAAACUUCCAAAAAUGAGAGUUAUCUGGGUUUAAUUUAAUUUACUAAACAUCAAGAUAGCUGUUUUGCUCUUUCUAUCGCCAUGUGUUCUUCUUCUUCUCCUUCCUUGUCUCUUUUUUUUAAUGUUUUUUUGUUUCCUUGAGUGAAGAGUGUAGAAGCUAUAGAUUUCCAGAUCUAGUAACAUCGUCUUCAUGAGAUUUUUGUGACAAAGAAAAGCUCUUUUGUCGUUUUUUCUUCUCUUUUGGCUGUGGAAAAAAAUCAGAAAACUUGUCAGUGUGUAAGUUGUUGAGGUUUUCAAAAUUGAAAAUGGGUCAAUAUGCAACAGUGUGGGAUCAAAAAGAAGCAAGUGAGAUAAUCAAAGAUUGGAAUGGCGUUGACCAAGUCCUUCUCAGAAACCCACAUGGUGCUUCUGCCAAGAUAAGUUUACAUGGAGGACAAGUGAUUUCAUGGAGGAAUGAACUAGGCGAAGAGCUUCUUUUCACUAGCAAUAAGGCUAUAUUCAAACCCCCAAAAUCAAUGCGUGGAGGGAUUCAGAUUUGUUAUCCGCAGUUUGGGGAUUGUGGAUCACUGGAUCAACAUGGGUUUGCAAGGAACAAAAUUUGGGUAAUCGAUGAGAACCCACCUCCACUUAACUCAAACGAAUCCUUAGGAAAAUCCUUUGUUGAUCUUCUUUUGAAACCAUCAGAAGAUGACUUAAAGCAAUGGCCUCAUAGUUUCGAGUUCCGUCUUAGGGUUUCGCUUGCUGUAGAUGGCGACUUAACAUUGACUUCUCGGAUUAGAAACAUCAAUGGCAAGCCUUUUAGCUUCUCAUUUGCAUAUCACACCUACCUCUCUGUCUCUGACAUAAGUGAAGUGAGAAUUGAAGGGUUGGAGACAUUGGACUACUUAGACAACCUCAGCCAAAGACAGCUUUUGACUGAACAAGGCGAUGCAAUAACCUUUGAAUCCGAGAUGGACCGGACAUACCUUAGAUCACCAAAGGUGGUUGCAGUUCUUGAUCAUGAACGGAAAAGAACAUAUGUUAUCGGAAAGGAAGGACUUCCAGACACCGUGGUGUGGAAUCCAUGGGAGAAGAAAUCGAAAACAAUGGCGGAUUUUGGUGAUGAAGAGUACAAAAGCAUGCUUUGUGUGGAUGGUGCAGCAGUGGAGAGACCGAUCACUUUGAAGCCAGGAGAAGAAUGGACCGGCCGGCUAAUAUUGACCGCUGUUAAAUCCAGUUUCUGCUUCGAUCAACUCGAACUACAGAGCAAGGGAUUCUGACUCUAGUUUCUGUAUGCAACAUUGGAAGAGCAGAGCCACCGUUUCUUUUAUCUCUUUCUUUUUGUUGAUUCUUGUUUUAUCACAUUAGAGCUUAUGACCUGGUGAUUUCUCAGACCAGUCUUGUGAUGUAGUGACAGAAAAAGCCUCUGGUCUUUUUUUUCCUCGGCUUAAUGUAAGAAUGUGAGGACAAGUUGUGUUCAAU